GGCAGCCCCAAUACUGCCCCGUGGUGCUGGCCGGCGACCUCAACGCAGAGCCCCACAGCGCCCUGCUCUCCUUCCUGCUGGAGGGGCGCCUGCAGUACGAGGGCCUGGGGCGCCGCACCCUCACCCGCCACUACUCCCAUGGGCCUGAGCUGGGGCCUCAGCUGCUGCCCCCCGCCCUGGGCAUCACGGGGGCCUGCCAGCACGCCGCGCUGGCCCAGGGGCGCUGGCUGGAGAGGCAGCGCGGCCCCAUCAUCUCCCCCGCGGACAAGCGCCGCCUGGAGGAGGCGCUCAUCCACCUGCAGCACUCAGACCGCCCCGGCGCCGCGCCUGCGAUGCCCGUCACCACGGCGCUGCACGAUCCCGCGCAGUGCCCGGGCUGGCUGACCCACGCGCUGCUGCUGCACUCCGCCUACAGGCACCAGCGGCGAGGGCGCGGCGGCGGGGGCACCGAGGUGACCACCUUCCAGGAGCGGUGGGUGUGCGUGGACUACUUGCUGUACUCCCGCGUGCGCCGCCACGCCGGCGCCGCCAAGGAGGGCCCUCUCAAGCUGCUGGAGCGCCUCACGCUGCCCACGGCGCGCGAGGCGGCGCUCUUCAGCCCCAUGCCCUCCCCCGUGUGUCCCUCUGACCACUUCCCCCUCGCCGCCAGGUUCAUGCUGCUGCACACGUGAGCCCCUCCCCCCCCUCCACCCCCACACACACACACAAGGAGUGAAGGAGUACCUGAAUUAUCUCUUGAAAACUGACGAUACAAAAUCAUGUACACAUGUCAUUAUGUCUCUGUAUGUGCGUGCGUGUGUGUGUGCGCGGCGGGGCGGGGCUCGGCGCGGCUGUCAGUACAAAUCCCAGCCUGCCACUGCUGCCGCGCGCCGCGCCUGGUUGUUGUGUCGCGCCGCGCCUCGUCACCGCCGCGCGGCAAAGUGUCGCAGCAUGAAGUACAAUGGUCAGCCCUUGCACACGCACCUGGCGCACCGCUGUCGUUGUUUGUCGCGGCGCCGUGACGCGCGCGUUGCGUCACUGUGCGCCCAUCUUGUCUGCUGACCCGUUGACCUGUUGCCCCGCGCUGUCAACCCAAACUUAUUUAUUUUCCUUCAGUCCUCACCCGCUCCUCAACAUCCAUGCUGACCUGCACCACACCCACGCCGCACCGUCCCCCCACCUCACACACACACACACACACACACACACACACACACUUAUUAUUACUAUUUUUGUGAGUGUAAUUAGUUAGAUUGCUAUGAAUAGAUAUCAUUGCGUGUGUGUGUGUGUGUGUGUGUGUGUGUAUGUGUGAUCCUCUCUCUCUCUUUUUCUUUUUUUUUUUAAUUUCUCCUCUUCUUCCUUCUUUGUCAAAUCUUCCUUUCAUUCUUUUUGCUGUCUUCCUUUUUUUCAUUUCAUUUCUUCUUCCUCCUCCUCCUCCUCCUCCCUCUUCCUCUUCCUUCCGUCUGAGUGUAUGGAAGGUAACAACAAAACAAACAAACAAACAAUAUUACGUCCUAAUAAAACAAACAAACAAACAAUUUUUUCAGUUAUUUUAUUUAUUUAUUUAUUGUUCGUGUGUGUGAAAAUAUAGGAAAUUAUUUUAGUGAUUGAUAGAAAAAAAUGUUAAAAAAUAAAAAAAAGGGAUUAUUACUAUUAUUAUUAUUAUUAUUAUUAUUAUUUUAUUAUUUUUCUUUGUAAUUAAUGAAAGUUUAAGAAAAUAUUUUGUUUUGGGAAAAUUUUACAAUGGAAGAAAAAAAGGCUUGAAUAUUUUUUUUCUUUUUUUUUGUUGAGGAAAAAAAUGAAAACUGAAAAUAUUUUGAUUUGAGAAACUGAAGGAAAAUAUUUUUGGUGAAAUUCAAGGGAAAUAUUUUUUUUAAUGUAAACUGAAGAAAAUAUUGUGAUUUGAAUCUUAAAGGAAAAAUAUUUUAAUGUAAACUGAAGAAAUAUUUUGAUCUGAAUCUUAAAGGAAAAAUAUUUUAAUGUAAACUGAAGAAAAUAUUUUGAUUUGAAUCUUAAAGGAAAAAUAUUUUAAUGUAAACUAGAAAAUAUUUUGAUUUUGAGAAUGAAAGAAAAUAUUUUGAGUUUGAGUUUGUUUAUGUAAUGAAAAAAAACAAACAAGUGUAAGAAUAUUACGAUAAAUAAAACAGAUAAAUAAAUAAAGAAGGAAAAUAUUAACCUAAAAAAAUAAAAAUAUGGACAAAUAAAUCAAUAAUUACGUAGGAAAAGAAAGAAAACAGGAAAAUAUCAGAAAAAAAAACAAGGAAAAAGAAAAUUAAAAAGGAAAACGAAAAAUGAAGUAACAGGAAAAAUAAUCAGGAAAACAAAAAAGAAACAGGAAAAACGAGGGAAAAAAAAUCAGAAAUUAACAGAAAACAACACGAAUAAAAACAGGAAUAGAGAAAAUACUUAAAAAUGAAAAUAUAAAAAAGGAAAAAGGAAAAAAAUCAAGAAAAGGUCCGUUUAAGAGAGACACUUGAAGGAAAAAAAAGAAAAAUGAAUGACAGGAAAAAAUACUUGAAUGGGGAAAAAAAAGGGAAAAUAUAGAAAUUCUUACAUAAAUUUGCUGGAUUUUUUGUUUUCAUACAGAAAAAAAAAAAUUAAAUAUACGUUUUUAAAUUCUGAAUACAAGUGAAUGUUGAAAGAGAGAGAGAGAGAGAGAGAGAGAGAGAGAGAGAGAGAGAGAGAGAGAGAAAUAUUUCCUUCAUUGCAUAAUAAAGAAUCUUGAUCCUUUUCUCUUGUUUAAGUCAAAAAUAAUAAUAAUAAUAAUAAUAAUAAUAAUAAUAUAUGUAGUUUAUUUA